AUGCUUCUCUCUGCCGCCCUCGUGGCGCUUACCGCCACAGUCGUCGGCGCUGUCCCGACUCUCGAGAUCAAGGGCGCCGACUUUGUUGUUCCUAAGGAUGGCACCAAGUUCGAGAUUGUCGGUAUGGCGUACCAGCCAGGUGGCAGCUCUGGGUAUGAUCCUGCCCACGGCAAGGAUCCUCUCAGCAAUGCUGACGUCUGUCUGCGCGAUGCUGCCCUGAUGCAAGUUCUCGGUGUCAACGCCAUCCGUGUCUACAACGUGAACCCCGAUAUCAACCACGAUGAGUGUGCCAGUAUCUUCAAUGCUGCCGGCAUGUACAUGAUGAUUGACGUCAACUCCCCAAGAGUCGGAGAGGCUAUCAGCAGCUUCGAGCCUUGGACCACCUACUACGCUGCGUACCUGAACCGCACCUUCGCUGUUGUUGAGGCUUUCGCAAACUACCCCAACACCCUUCUCUUCUUCUCUGGCAAUGAGAUUAUCAAUGACCUGGAGUCCGCCAAGGAGGUUCCCCCUUAUAUGCGUGCCGUCACCCGCGAUCUCAAGAACUACAUCAAGAACAACAUUAAGCGCCAGAUCCCCGUCGGCUACUCGGCUGCCGAUGUUCGUGAGGUUCUCUGGGACACUUACAACUACGUGACCUGCGCCAUCGAUGGCAAGGAGGACGAUGUGAGCCGUGCUGACCUUUUCGCCCUCAACAGUUACAGUUGGUGCGGUAAGGAUGCUACUUUCAAGUCAUCAACCUUUGACAAGCUUGUCGACGGCCUCAAGGAAACUCCCGUCCCUACCUUCUUCAGUGAAUACGGCUGCAUUGAGACCAAGGAGCGAUGGUGGAACGAGACCAAGUCCAUUUAUGGCCCCGACAUGUAUGACACCUUCUCUGGUGGUGUUGUCUACGAAUGGACUCUUGAGGAAAACGGUUACGGUCUCGUCAAGAUUGAGGACUCUCAGACCACCCUCCAAGCUGACUACAACCGACUCAAGGACAAGUACUCCGACUUGGACUGGGAGACUAUCUUCAAGAGGAAGGCAAGCGACAGCUCUAACAAGCCUGUCAAGUGUGACUCCAGUCUCAUCACCGAGGAGGGCUUCAAGAGCAACUUCACGCUUCCCGCCGUUCCCCCCGGUGCCUCUGAGCUUAUCAAGGACGGAAUCAAGAAGAAGCCUUCCGGCAAGAUCGUUGAGAUCAAGAACUGGAAGACCAGCCUCAAGGUCGUCGACAACACCGGCAAUGCUAUCAGCGAUCUCAAGGUUGUUCCUCUCGGUGAUGAUGAGUUCAACUACUACGGCAAGAACAAGGUUACAACUGGCACCACCACUGGAAACUCGAGCUCCACAUCUACUGCCGAUGCUGCCUCCAAGACCGACAAGGGUAACAGCGCUGUCGGCCUGAGCAUGCCCAUGGUCUGGUCUGUGGCUGUUCCUCUUCUGGCAAUGCUUUUCAUCUAA